AUGCUCCCCCACGCAUUCGUCACCGCCCGACUCCUCCCAGGCCCAUCCUUGUCGAAGACCUCGCCAUACGGCGCCUACGUAGCCGGAACGGUCCAGACGCGCCCCUUCACGGCCCUACGCAUACAUCUGCAUCCAGAAACCGGAUUUUACCCAUCGUCGCCGCCGCUCAAACCGAAGGGCCUCUUCAUCGUGUCGCAGCAAAAGCCCCGACCUCCGUUCGAGGAUUUCUACGUGCCGCUCACCCCUGGCGGCUGCAAGGAACCUCUUCGCCUCAACCGACCCCUCCCACAAGACGUGACCGAUCUUUACGUCCACACGUAUCCGCUCAUGCGCGAACAAUGCGAGUGGAAUGACGAUAGCGCGAAUGACCCUAUUGAGCCUAGCUUUUACCAGCUCGACGACGAGAGCUAUCGCCGCCUCAUAGCGUUCUACCGGGAUCACCACCCAUCUGAGGCUUACGCGCGUUAUUGUGGAGAUAUAAGUCAGACCGCGGCACAUGUGCAGUGGGACACUUUCAGCGGGCAACAUAGAUAUGAGAUGCGGGAGCCCGACACGAGUUUCGCGUUCGAGAUCUCGCCAUUGGAUCGGGACGAGCUAUUCAUCAGCGAAGCCGAUGUGUGGAGCGAGUUGGUGAGUCUGGUAAGGUUGAGAUACGAGUAUUCGUGGAAAGGCGUGACGCGCGCGAUCAACUGGAUGUGCGAUGUCCGGCGCUGGGAGGGUGCGUUCGCGCUUUAUACGUCUUAUGUCCGCGAGGAAGAGGGUUCUGAGUCUGCGCCGCACGCGGAUGAGCGUUAUCGAGAGCUCUGUCGGUUGAAAGCGCUUGUUGAUGCAGAGGAGGAGGAGGAUCUCUCACGGACGGUCGAUAGCGAGAGUGACGAUAGCGAGAGUGACAGCGAUGACGACGACGGAUGGCUUCCGGCUACACCCAAGUUCACACGCGUACGACCCGCGCCGAGGGUAAUGCCCAGCGAGAACACCGUCCGUGCGAUCGUAUUCGACGUCUGCGGCGCUAUACUCGACUUCAUAACCCCCGCGCAGAACGCACUCACGCAGCUCGGCGUCCCACAGACGAGCGUCGGAUAUUGGACCACGCGUCUGCGCGAGCUCCAAGCGCUCGAACAUGUCUCGCAGAAAGCGGCUUAUCUCGAUGUCAGCAGGCGAGCGCUGCAGAGUAUUACGCGGGCUCUUUCUUUCGCUGUACCAUCGGAGCGGUUCGAAGAGGCCUUGCAGACGCUCGUUACGCCUCUCUUCGUCCCUGGCAUACAAGACGCCUUAGAAGGUCUGAGCAGAUCUGGAUUUGCCACGUUCGGAUACUCGACAUUGGACGAACGAGCAUACGAAGCAUUUGUACUUCCUCUGCUCUCGGACCUCCCCCUGCGCAUCAUACCGCCCUUCGACGACCCACCAGGCCUAUUCUCCCCAUGCACAACCUCACACAUGCACUCCAUUCUGACCGACAUACGACGCGGACGCGCCGACGACCUCCCCACCGACCAGAUCCUCGUCGUAUCGCCAUCCUCCGUCCGCGCGCUCGAGCCUGCCGCAGCCGCCGGACUGUCCACGGCCCUCCUCAGCCCAUCUCUCCCAGGAAACACAAGACAUCCUGAGGUGGAUGCGCUGUGGCAGCAUACGAGCGUGGAGGCUACUAUGGUCGUCGGGCCGGAUGAUAUGGUGGAGGUUGUUAGUAUGCCUGGGAAGUGGAAGACGAGUGAGGUGUGGGUGAGAGGGUCCGCGAGACGGGUGAGGGGCAUGUAUGAGAUUCUUGAUGAGCUGCAGCCUUGGUCUCGGCCUGGAGGCGCAACCGUUUGCGCGGGCAUAGCAUACCUGACGAACGAGCCCGUCGUGAUCAAAUACGACAUGCCACAAUCCGACGGCGAUCCGACGCCCGUACGAAUCGAGGCGUGCGUAUACGCGCAUCUCUCCGACUGCCCUGCGGUUCCGCGCGUGCAUUGGGCGGGGAGCGAGGGCGGCGGGGAGGUGCUGGUGAUAGACCAUCUAGGGCCGACGCUCGAAGAUCUGCGCAGCAUAUGCCGCGGAACGCUGAGCUACGAGUGCGUGCUUUUGAUCGGCGUUCAACUUCUCGAGUUCAUCGAGUGCGCGCAUCGUCGCGGGAUCGUCUUGCGCGAUAUCAAGCCGCACAAUGCGGCUGUAGGACGCACGCCCGACCGCGCGUCUACAAUAUACAACUUCGACUUUGGGAAUGCGAGGGGAUAUAUCGAUCCGGGCACUGGUGCGCACGUACCGCUUCGCACGGGCCGCACGAUCGUCGGCACGGCGCGGUUCUGCAGCCAUUGGUCGCAUCGGGGGCUCGAGUGCAGUCGCAGAGACGAUAUUGUCUCGCUCGGUCAUACGCUGCUGUAUCUGUACUACGGAUAUUUGCCGUGGCAAGGCGUACACGCUCCAACUCGCGAGGACAAGAUACGAAUCAUAGGCGAGAUGAAAGCGCCGUCCCACCCCUCUAUGCUUGAGUUUCUCGCGGAUGCGCCCGACGAGCUGUCGGCGCUCAUGGAGCACGCAUACGGACUCGAGUUCGAGCAGGAGCCGGACUAUAAGGCGUUGAGGGGUGCGUUUGAGGGAGAGCUGGCGUCGAGGGGGCUGGGAAGUGAUGCGCUGUGCGAUUGGGUGUGGCCCGAGUUGGGGUCAUGGAUAGGGACGCUGGUACCGUGGGAGUAUCAGUUUUGGUUGACGACGGAUGUUGGGCCGCCGUCUGCGGGGCCUUACUUGAAUUCUGCGGGCGAAAGGUGGCCGUAUAGGUAG